GUAUAGCCAGCCAUCUCCUCCCCCCUUUGGGACACACCUCCGUACUUCUGCACUAUGAACUACACUCUCACUACCACGACGCAAGACUUCUUCGUCGUGCAACGUUGUUGGUUCGAUGGCCCCCACGUCAAUCCCCCCAUUGAUUUCCUUCGCUUGCUCACGUUGCCGCAAGCCGAAGCCGUCGCGCUCCAGUCGGCCCACGCCUACGCCGCCCUUCGACAAGCCGUCGUACGCACCAUACUCGUGCCACCCUCGUCCCAGCGCGGCAGUGCUUACGCCUACGCUGCCGCCGGGAACCUCUUUUGGGUCCGCAAAGUCGUCGCCACCGUCGCGACGCAGUCCGCUCGCGUCCCAAGCAACCCUAGGAAUACCGAUGCGGCUAGGGCAGAUCCCCCCACCGCCCUGCCGCCGUCGAUUCACGCCGUACUCACCAAGGGUGUCAUUGGUGGGACCGGCAACGUCAAUUCCCGUCGGGGAUCGGAAGUGGAAACCGGACGCGUCUUUGUGGGACCUUCCAGCGUCGUCUCGCAGUGGGCGCUACACACCGCACAGUCCCUCCGGCAUUUGCCCGAUACCUACGUGACGUCCCUAUUGCCGGGACUUCCGGAAACAUCGUACCCAUACACGGAGAUGGCGCCAUCCGAAUCCGUACUGCUGCAAGGCUGGCCGGAUCUGGCAACCUGGUAUCCGGCUGGCCACCCACCGGGGCACUCAGCCAACCAACACCAACAUCCACCAGUAGUACAGCGGACGCACCAGUCCGACCAUUCUAGUCACGGUAUGGAGACGGACGAACCCACCGAACGCGUCAAACGCAACGAAAACGAAGGCUGGAUUGAACUCGAUGUCGUUCGCCCCGCCAAGCGACAAUGCUACACCCACACGGCCACAACUUUUGGUAACGCUACCAAUAGUACCAUCAACGGUUGGCCGAUUGUGGAUUCUCGCAUGACAUAG